AAGAGGCUGCGCCGGCUUACGAGGCCCAUGACGCAGGGGCCCAUCCCCACGACUCUGGAGCUCGUCGAGGAGAAGGACAUGAGGGUGGCCGGCCUCCCGCCCGCGGACGACAAGGCUGGGCGGAGGUACCUCUUCCGGCAGCUGGGCUCCUACUUCACGAUGGUCCUGCGCGAGUGGGAGGCUGCACUCGGCAGGGAGCAGCGAGGCGAGGAUGGCGCCGACACUGGUGCGGCGCGGCAGGCGUACAACACGAUGGUGCAGUGCAAGCAGGCCAUGACGCCACUGUUCCGCAGGCUUGAGAGGGGCGACAUCGACCAGAUUGUGCUGGAGAGCAUUGUGGCCAUAGUGAGGGCGGCGCAGGACCGGCGGUAUCUUGACGCGAACGAUGAGUACCUGCGACUCAGCAUCGGAAAGGCCGCCUGGCCCAUCGGUGUGACCAUGGUGGGUAUCCACGAGCGAAGUGCGCGGGAGAAGCUGCAUAGUGGUGAGAAGGGACAUGUCAUGGGUGACGAGGCCACCCGGAAGUAUCUGCAGAGCAUCAAACGGUGCUUGACGUUUGCACAGGUGAGGUGGCCCCCUGAGGAUGUGAGGCAGCUCAUGGGAUAGGCGAGCAUAAGUGAUCAACCCAACAACAUACAAGAAUGCGAGCCGAUAGCGUCGUAGCCAACACGGAACUCGAAGAUUCAUGAUC